AUGGACUUAAAGAACUCACCAUAUGUAUCAUAUUUAAUGGACACGACCCAAUACAUUGGUGGAGCUGUAACAAAAAUAUUACUAAAAUUGACAAAAUGUUCAGAAUGUCUUCAAGUUUUAUCUGAAUCCAGUACAGCUCCUACACCAUUAAUAUCAAUAACAAAUCGAGGUAGGCUAAUUAAGCCAAGUAGUGAUGUAACUGAGCUGUGUCGAAUCGCUGAAAAUGUAUUUCGAACUCAACAAUCAGUAUAUACAACCAGCAGUGCAACGAAUAUCAGAGAAACAUUCAUUAUCAAAUCAUUUUCUAAAAUAAAUAUCAAUAAAUACUUUUUAAAAAUGUCUAACCACAUAUACAAUCAAGAACCAAUAAACAAUCAUUUAAUCCAGUUAAUCAGAGACAUUUUCAAAACCUACUUCAAUAUACGGAUACACCAUUUUAACAGCUCAAGAAGUCAGCCAAAAGAGAGAAUACGUUCUCAGUUCACCAAACUCGUACAUUUCAGAAACCAAUAA